AUGGAAACCAUCGAAAGCAUUGCGGCAAAUACUGCUCUUGUUAAAGCCAGAGAAGGUGGAGGAAGGAGCUGGAAAUGGAAAGAAAUGCUUCGCUUUCCCCACAUUAGCCAGUGCAAAGACCUGGCCAUGAACAUAGAACGAGACUACUAUAGUCUAUGUGUGAAGCAGCCUAUUGGCAAGAAACUGUUUCAGCUCUUCUGUCGGAGUCGGCCUGAUCUGCAGAACUACAUUUCCCUCCAGGAUGCUUUGGACGACUUUGACAUUCAGUCAGAUGAUAAAAGGAAAGAGUCUGGGAACAGGAUCAUCGAGAGAUUCCUCAUGAAGCAGUCCAGUGAGUGUGUGUCCAUCCUACUGAGGCAUGAAAGAAGCUGCAAACAGAAUCUGGAGCUCAAUCCCUGUGGUGAUGUCUUUCAUGGCUGCAGGGAAGACCUACAUAAAUACCUCAGCAAUGAGCCCUUCGCCCAGUACCAGGACAGCAUGUUCUUUGCCCGCUUUCUACAAUGGAAACAGUUGGAGAGGCAGCCUAUCACGAAGCACACAUUUCGACAGUACAGACUACUGGGGAAAGGAGGGUUUGGAGCGGUGUGGGCCUGUCAGGUGAGAGCCACAGGCAAGAUGUAUGCCUGCAAAAAGCUGGAAAAAACCCAUGUGAAGAAGAGGAAAGGAGAGGAGAUGGCUCUCAAUGAGAAACAGAUACUAGAGGAACUGGACAGUCGCUUUGUGGUGAAUCUGGCAUAUGCUUAUGAGACCAAGCACAAUCUCUGUAUGGUUUUGACCAUGAUGAACGGCGGUGACCUAGGGUUUCACAUACAUUGCAUGGGGUCACCUGGUCUGACCAAAGACAGGGUACGUUUCUACGCUGCAGAAGUCUGCUGUGGUUUAAUUCACCUCCACCAGAAGUCAAUAUUAUACAGAGAUUUGAAGCCAGAGAACAUUCUCUUGGAUGACAAUGGACACAUCCGCAUCUCUGACCUGGGUUUGGCUGUGAAGAUGUCUGAGGGGAGUCUAGUACGAGGCAGGGUGGGCACACUGGGCUAUAUGGCUCCUGAGGUGAUUGGCUAUGAGCGUUAUGGAAUGAGUGUGGACUGGUGGGGCCUCGGGUGUCUGAUUUAUGAAAUGACUGCAGGUCGGCCCCCUUUCAGGGCCAAAGGAGAACAGCCUAAAUCCUCAGAAAUGGAGAGAAGGAUUCAGAAUGAACAUGAAGAAUAUGGCAACCAGUUCAGCAAGGAGACAAAAGACAUCUGCUCCUUACUGCUGACCAAGGACCCCACAAAGAGGCUGGGCUCCCAGAAGUCUGGGGGAAAAGAUGUAAAAUCUCAUCCUUUCUUCCAAGAGAUCAACUUUCGGAUGCUAGAGGCAGGACGCGUUGACCCUUCAUUUAAACCUGACCCCAGUCAGGUGUACUGCACUGAUGUACAGGACAUAGAAGAAUUUUCUACAGUGAAAGGAGUCCAUUUUGACCAAACUGACAUCUUCUUCUACUCCCAGUUCAACACAGGAAGCAAUUCCAUAAUUUGGCAAAAUGAGCUAAUAGAAACGGGAUGUUUUGAAGAACUGAAUGUUUUUGGCCCUAAGGGAUCUCGAUCUCCAGAUCUCGACUGGUCCCAGGCCCCAGAGAGCCCCAAACGCAGCCUGCUGCGCCGAAUCUUUCGCAAAAACGUAAGGACAUGAAAUACAUUCUGUCAAAAUGUGUGCGCUUUGUGGAAAGCUGAAGAUAUCUUUCCUCUUUUCACUCAAACAGCAUCAUUCAGAUUCCGACGAAAGCAGAGAGAACCUGUUGUCCAGUGAGGGCUACAGCACGUCAGGAAUACAUAACUCUGCCCUGAAUCCCAGGAAAGUCUACAACAAAGGCACCAAAAAACAACAAGUCAUUGUAGCAUCAAAGGGUUCUUCCCUUUAAAUCACAGCACAGCAGGCAUUUAUUUGUGUUUUCAUUGUCUUCCUUACACCUAAUCUAUAUUAGCAUUUUCUGUUUCUCUCAGGCAAAACAAAUGAAUAAUUUUACACCAUUCCAACUUUUUAAAAGUACUUCAAUUUUUAAACAAGUGUACUAGUAUAUAUAAUAAAUAGUACUAGUAUUUUUUUAACAAUUCCAAUAUAAUAAAUGUCAUCUGAAUAAUAAAUUAUGAUUAUCUGGAUUAACUGGGUCAUCUGUACGUCCAGACGUGUUCAGACCUUUUGGGAUUUCUUUACCUGGAUGGAGCAUGCAUCAAGACAUUAACUUGUAAUAAUUUUUAAAUUAAAAAAGCAAGAUUGAACCAGAUAUUUGACAUAAACAUCAAAACUCAAAGCCGAGUCAGCAGUUAAGCAAGGUUCCUGGUAGAAGUAAAGAGGCAAGGGGGACCUAGUGUUAUCUCAGGUAUCGGUCAGGGACACAAAUGAAGAUUUAGGUUGGGGAAAAUUGUCAGCCAUCCAACUUUUAAUAGAGUCUAAGCAUCUAUUUGGAUGCCUUGUUUAGAAAAAUCUUGGAGCUUAAAUUAGAUAUUUAAUUAGAUGUCAUGUUCAGCACAAUUUGAGCACCUUUAAGGGCAUUUCUUAUCUCUGCUAAGAAGAGGGGAAGAUAUAACAGAAACAAUAAAGGCUCCAAAAUAGAAAGGCCAACUAACUAGAGAGCACUUUUCACAGAGUAAUGCCCUACGUAUCCAAGCAGGGACGUGUGAGAAAAAUUCCCCCGCGGGGGAAAUGGUCUGAGCAUAGUUACCAGAAACGCUUGCUUGCCAACCAGGCCUCACUUCCACAACAGCCUGAGCUUCACAUGGACGCCUACUCUAUUUUAUUCUACUCUACAGCGGGAGUAGGACGAACUGCAGCCGUCCGCAUCACAGCCAAAUACCAGGGCUAUCAUUGUGGAAGUUUACUAGCUGCUACUUUGCUCUCUCUGGAUGUUUUGUUUUCUCUCCAAAUGGCACAAUUAGCUACUGGCAGCACUAAGUGUUUGGUUAGUUUAGACAACUAUGCUCAGCUUAAACUGGUUUGGCAAUGGAUUAUGGACACAGAACCAGGCGAGUUACUGGUUGCACAAAGCAGCAGGGGAACUGUAGCUGAACUGAGCAGCACCCAGAGCGUGGAGAACCAAUCUGAGCAAAGAAUGAAUGAAAUCUGUGGGAGCGCAGCAAAAUCAAAUGGGUUUUAGGCCUGAAGAGUAGAGGUGGUGAAAGCUGCACACUGAAACAGAGCAGUGUGGCCGGUGAAUGAGAAAGAGGCUGCAGGUGACUGUGGACAACUUUAACUCUUUUUGCUUUUACAAUAAUUUUUAAAAUGUUUAUUUUGAUGUGGCCAGUUUUAAAAUGCAGGCAGUGACUUUUGAUAAAGUACAUUUGUAACUUUUCCACAAAGCUCUUCUUCUACAAUAAAUAAAUUAUUCAGAUGAUUGGUAUUAUACUGUUUUUUUGUAGCCUGUGUUAAUAGGUUCUAAAAUAUAUUUCACCUUCACUCUCUGU